GGGUUUUCGGGCGAGCCCGGCGGCGAAGCGCACUUGGGCUACAGCUAUUGCGCGCUGGCAAGUUACGUGUUGCUGGGAUUAAAGCUCGAAAACGCGGCAGGCACUGCACACGCGGACGCGUAUCACACGUGUUACAGUUUGGCAGCGCUGUCGUUGUUGCAAAAUUUUUGGAACUAG